UAUUAGCUGAUUCGAAAAAAAAAGUUACAGAAGAUGAUCUUUUUGCUUUGUUGUCAGAUCAAAUUUCCUCAGGAACAGCUCCUGAGUCACAUCGAUUCAAGUUACAAUCUAUUCAGGUGGUUUCAGGAACUGCAGAAAUGGCAACAGCUACAGUCAAAUUGAUAGACACAUUGGCGGGUAAUGGUAAUAAAGAGUUAAUGGAUGCAGCUAUUGGACGAACUGGGCCAAUAAUGGCUGUAUUUGGUGCUAUUCAACGUUUAGUUCAACGAAAAAUUAGAUUGUUAAAUUAUGAAGUUCGUGCAGUAUCAGAAGGUAUAGAUGCUUUGGGAAAAGUAGUAGUUAAAGUAACUGAAGAUGUUGAUUCGUCGGGAUUAGAUGAGACAAAAAAUUUAACAACAAAAACAGCGAUAGAUAGUGUUUUUAAGCCUAAAAAUACAUAUCUAGGUCGUGGAACUGAUGCAGACGUGGUCAUAGCCAGUGCCAAGGCUUACGUGAAUGCUAUUAAUAGAAUGUUUGAGGGAGAACUUGUUUCUGAUAAAAGAAGAAGUCAAUAA